CACAGGUUCACCAACCUACUAUCUUUGUUACUGAAGACUGAACCCGCGUUAAUGGACUACAAGGUCAAUUCCGCGAUAAAACAUGCGUCUAAAUGUUGUUGUUGCAGUUUCUGAAAACUGGGGUAUCGGGAAGGGUGGAGGUUUGCCUUGGAAAAUAAAGAAAGACAUGGAAUUUUUCAAAUUAAUAACAACUAAAGCUCAUCCAGGUCUCAAAAAUGCGGUUGUUAUGGGGAGAUUUACAUGGGAAUCUAUACCAGAGAGCUUCAAACCACUAAAGGAUAGGAUUAACAUAGUGGUAUCAAGCACGCUAUCACACGCACCACCACGUGUUCAAAUUGUUCCCAAUCUUAAUGCGGCCAUUGACUUGUUAUAUAAUGAAGAAUUUAGCUCCAUAGUAGAUGAGGUUUUUAUCAUUGGUGGGCAUCGUCUUUACGAAGAAGCCUUGAAACAAUCCAUAUACCCGGUUCGUAUCUAUUGUACGCACAUACUAAAUGAGGUGGACUGCGAUACUUAUUUCCCAAAACUGGAUUGGAGUAAACUGAAAAAAGUUGAUCUACCGGAUAUACCAGCGGGUACUUUCACAGAGAAUGGAUUUACAUACAAAUUCUGUGUUUACGACGUUCCAUCCGAACAGCUUAUGUAAUUUAUAAAUUCAUUAGUAGAUAUCAUUUAAUCAAAUAUUUAUUCGUAAAAUUUUUAAUUUUAAAUACAAAUCGUUUUAUA